GCGGGCGCGGCGCGGCGCCCGGUGGUCGGUAGUCGCCGCUGAGCCCCCGACGGGCGGACGGUGGCCGGGCCGGCGCGUGGCUGGGCCGUGACCCGACCGCGGCCUCGGCGGCGCGGCCUCCCCGAUGCCAGUUGGGGCUCCGCGGAGCCGAUCGGAGGUUGGGGCCGGGCCGCGCGCGGGCCGGGUAGGAGGCGGACGGGCCGGCUCGCCUGCGCGGGGUGGAGGCGGCGGCGGCGGCGAUGGACACCCUAGAGGAAGAGAGCUUCGUGCUGUCUUCCUCUUCCGCCUCUGAUGCAGAAUUCGACGCUGUGGUUGGCUACUUAGAGGACAUCAUCAUGGAUGACGAGUUCCAGUUAUUACAGAGGAAUUUCAUGGACAAGUACUACCAGGAAUUUGAAGACACGGAAGAGAAUAAACUCAUCUACACGCCUAUUUUUAAUGAAUAUAUUUCUUUAGUGGAAAAGUACAUUGAAGAACAGCUACUGGAGCGGAUUCCUGGGUUCAACAUGGCGGCCUUCACCACAACCUUACAGCACCACAAAGAUGAGGUGGCCGGGGACAUAUUUGACAUGCUGCUCACGUUUACCGAUUUCUUGGCUUUUAAAGAAAUGUUUCUGGACUACAGAGCAGAAAAAGAAGGCCGGGGACUGGACUUAAGCAGUGGUCUCGUGGUGACUUCACUGUGCAAAUCAUCCUCUCUGCCAGCUUCCCAGAACAACCUGCGGCACUAGGUCCCCUCCAGCAAUGACAUUGUUCAACAUCAGCCCGGUGCACCGGAAGCUAGCGACGGAAGGAUAGAUCUUGGGCAGACCAGCUCUGUUCCACAAUUCUUCGUUAACAUCAAGUAUUGAUGAGGGGAGUGGGGGGGGGAUGGCAUGACCCUCCUGAGACCCGUUUCCUCAGAAAACCCUUGUGUUCUGUAACCCCAGUCCUCCUCCCUCGGUGGCCCUCUCUCUCGGGGGCUUGAGUCGGAUCCUCUGGACAAGUGCACAUUCAGCAUUCCACCUGAGGGCUCCCCCGCACACGUGUGGGGGUGCUGCAUUCUUGGGGUUUCACCGGUUCGGAGCAUUUAGCUAGGUUGUUCCUCCAGCAUCUGCUGGACUUGAAACUUCUGGAGCUCCUAUCACCAUGAGUCUUGGCUGUCAGUCACCCAAGAGAGAUGUCCUUUACCUAAAAGCUCCAUGUCCCAGUCAACUAGUCUCACAUCUGCAGUCCCUGUGUCACUGUCUUCCGGUCCCCAUGUAGUCCCCGUUUCCAGAACUCUCUCUUUUUGAAAGACACUAUUUUUUAUAGAUGAAUACUCAGGCCAACCUAGUGGAUAUAAUCUUGGAAGUUCCACGAUUACCCACUUCAAGAUCAAAGUAUUAUAUGCUUUUUAGUUUAGUGCCACGAUCGCGGAUGCCCUGUUUGGGCCCCGUGACUGUGUGCUUACGUGUGCUUCCCCUGAAGUAGGUCAGGGUCCCCUCUUCUCAGCAUGUGGGGUGUUAGUGCUGCUCGAACCGCUUCUGUAUAAAUCAGGUGGCUAGGUUUGCUGUUGGAAUGGAGGGUCUGCAAUGCCGCCUUCCUGUCAAAAUCUUCCCACCAGCGCAGUGUUCUGCUGGUUAGCUCAGUUCCCGGUGUGAACCUUAGAUUUUUUUUUUUUUAAGUAAAAAUAAUCUCUGCUGACUUCAUGUGGCAGUUCUGGUUUUAAAGGAUGAGCUCUACAUAGGCUGUGUGUGUUCUGUAUUGACGUGGCGCUUAUUAAAUGCUUUUGUAUCCUUCGGUAAAAUUUGAGGUGUUUUGCAAGAACCAA